ACUCCGGACGACAAAUUGAUUUUAACUACUGCCACCGUGGCGAAGGCUGACACAGAAGAUAGACGAUUGUUGCUGUCUGGAGCCUUGUCUCUGCUAUGAAAGUCAAGGAAAUUCAUCGCACCGCUAAUAUAGCGUUUAGUCCUGCCAAACAUCAUCCCAUAUUGUUGGCUGCAGGAACAGCUGCUCAGCAAUUGGAUGCCACGUUUAGUACUACUGCUGCGUUGGAGAUUUUUGCACUCGACCUGGCUGAGAGUGGUCUUGAAAUGCCAUUGAAGGCAAGCAUUGCUGUCCAGCAAAGAUUCCAUAAACUUGUAUGGGCUGCGUAUGGUCUCAGUGGUGCAGAUAGAGCAAAUGGUUUGCUGAUUGGUGGAUCAGACAAUGGCACCGUGUAUCAUUGGGACUGUGCAGAAAUAAUGAAGGGAAAAGAGGGUCUUGUCUUCAAAAGUGAUAUGCAUAGUGGGGCUGUGAGGGCAAUGGAUAUCAAUCCUUUCCAAUCGAAUCUUUUGGCAACUGGAGCAAGCGAAUCUGAAAUUUUCAUCUGGGAUUUAAAUAACCCUGAAAGCCCAAUGUCACCUGGGGCAAAAAUUCAGCCUCCUGAAGAUGUGAGUUGUGUGGCAUGGAAUUGUCAAGUUCAGCACAUCUUGGCGUCCACAUCUCCUAGCGGUCGUUCUGUGGUGUGGGACUUGAGAAAGAAUGAGCCCAUCAUUCAAGUCUCUGACCAUUCUUCUAGAAUACGAUGCAAAGUGAUUGCUUGGCAUCCUGAUGUAGCAACACAAAUGGCAACAGCAUCUGAAGAUGAUCGAAGUCCGGUGGUGCAGCUGUGGGAUUUGAGAUUUGCUACCUCUCCGAUGAAAGUGCUUGAACAUCAGCGUGGAAUCUUGUCUAUGGCUUGGUGUCCUCGUGAUUCUGAUUUGCUGCUCACCUGUGGAAAGGACAAUAGAGUUCUCUGCUGGAAUCCUAACAGUACUGCUCAAGGCGGCGAAAUUGUUUAUGAGCUACCAACAACAUCGCAGUGGAGUUUUGAUAUUCACUGGUGUCCUAGGAAUCCGUCUGCUAUUGCAACGGCUUCGUUUGAUGGCCAUGUCAGUGUUUUUUCACUUAUGGGUGGACACACAGCUACUGACAAAGCAACUACUGUUGCUAGUGAUGAUCCAUUUGCUUCUUCUAUUCUGGCACAGCAACAGCCAACGACCAUGUUGUUGAAGACUCCUCCAAAAUGGUUUAGAAGACCCUGUGGGGCUAGCUUUGGGUUUGGGGGCAAGUUGGUUUCAUUUGGACAGUAUGAAGGUCCAAAACAAGUUCAUAUCAGUCAAGUGGUGACGGAGUUUGAGUUGCUGCAGCAGUCUCGUAAUCUUGAGGCCGCUUUGCGGUGCAAUACAGUCGUAGACUUUUGUCAAGAAAAAAUUGAGUCGAGUGAGAGUGACCGUGAUUGUCAGAUAUGGAAUUUUUUGAAGGUCUGUUUUUCCAAAGAGCCACGACAGAACUUCCUAACUCUCUUAGGAUACACAACUGAAGAGCUUGAGAAGAAGGUUGGAGCACUGGUAGGUCAAGGUCUGGCUCAAACAACUGGAGUAGAUACCACAACUUUGGCUGAGAAAAUGGAGAACCUAGAAACUAAGGAUGACGCAGCUCAGGAAGCACAAGCUCAGGCAUCACUUGCGUUUGAGGGCACCACGUUGACUGAAAGUGACCCAUCACCAUUUGAUGACUUGAAUGAAUCUGCUAGCCAUGUAGAUCAGACACUUGCAGCAACUGGAGGAAAGCGACCGGGCCAACUGCUGCUUACGACGCAAAUUUCUUCUCAUGUGGCAGCUCCAUUUUUGAUCAGCACUGAUGACAACGUGGAUGGUGUAUUGAGCAAAGCUUUACUCAUGGGAAACUUUGAAAUGGCUGUUGAAAUCUGUCUCCAUGGCGACAGAAUGGCUGAUGCGCUGCUCUUGGCAGUUGCUGGUGGUUCUGAAUUGUUUGCAAGGACACAGCAAAUUUACUUUCAAAAACGAAAGAGUCAAGUAUCAAGGCUGGUGUCAGCUGUAGUUCAACGUGACUGGUUAGAUAUUGUCCAGUAUGGGGAGCUUGAGAACUGGAAGGAGAUGUUGGCAGCUCUUCUUACGUAUGCGCGUCCAGAAGAAUUCCCAACUCUUUGUGAUGUGCUUGGUAGUCGAUUGGAAACAGACGACAAGGGGCUCCGUGAAAAAGCUCUACUGUGCUAUAUCUGUGCAGGCAAUGUGAACAAGCUUGUUGAUUGCUGGGCUGAAAUAUCGGAGAAGCCUGAUUUUCCUAUGGCUAUUCAGGAUCUCAUUGAGAAGGCGAUGGUACUGACACGGGCAGUUGAGACUGAACGAAAACAGGCUCCAUCGACUACAAGCACUAUCCUCUCUCACAAACUCCAGCAAUAUGCAGUGCUUCUAGCAUCACAAGGAAGUCUUGAUACUGCAUAUGGCUAUCUUGAACGUGCUGUCACUGCACAGGAUGCUCAAAUGGAGUGGAGGGAUCGUGUUUAUCGUGCCCAGGCAGUCAGUAACCAACGUGCUCCCGAGUUUCCAUUUGACGUGAUUAAUGUACUUCCUGAACAAGCACCGGUUGUGCAUGCUGCUAUUCGCGGUGAUGAAAUUUCUCGUCAGCCGAAGUCGAUUGACUCACAAUUUGGAGGUCAAACAUCUUUUGCUGGCCAUUCUGUUCCUAAACAGCAUGCAUACCAGCAGCCUCUUUAUUCUGGUGGACCUAAAGAUUACAGCAGGACAGCAGGGUCUAGUGGAUUCUUACAACAACAUCCAGUUGCUACGUAUCCACCUGGUUCAAUUCAUGCAGUGUCACCUAGGCCACCUUCCGUGUCUGACUCUUCAUCUUUCUCUUCAACUCAACUGGUCCCACCUUCAGGACCUCCAACUGGGGCAACUCAAUUGGUUCCAUCAAUGCAGCAUCCGUCAGUGCGUCCGCCAAUAGCAAAGACAGAGCGUGUGCAGGAGCCUGUUCCACCUGGCUGGCAUGACCCUCCUCCGCUCAAGCCAGGGACAUCAACUCCUACUGCGUAUGUUGCUCCUGCACCAAUCACAGCGCCAAUAGCCGGUAUGCCUGCUCCUACUCAUGAACCUAUGCAGGCUGCAGGACAAUGGCAUCUGCCACAUCAACCACCACAGAACUUGCAGAGGACAAAUCAAGAGCACCUUUCUUCUCCACCAGCGAGAGUCAAAAAGGAACCAACUCCUCCUCCCUCCAAGCUAAAAGAGCCUAUUCCAGCUGAGCACAUGGCACUGGUUGAAACAUUUGAUGGGCUGUUAGACCGCUGCAGAAGGGUUGCACAGAAUCCGGCAAUGAAACGAAAAGCAGAUGAAGUCAAAAAGCGACUGGAUUUUCUCUACGACAAGUUGAGAGACAAGACGUUGACCCCAACUACAUUAGGCAGCAUUCACCAAAUGUGCCAAGUUAUUCAAGCUGGAGAUUAUCAGUCAGCACUUGGUAUACACCAGGGCUUGGUAGCUAGCAGCAGCUUCAAUGAGACUAGUGGAUUUCUGCCGGGUUUAAAAACUCUGCUACAGAUGAGUCUACAGCUACGGGUGUGACUUCGAAUUUAGGUCUUGAUGCUUGCUAUCACAGCAGCAAGUAGAAUAUGUAUGUAUAGUGAUGGAUUGUGGUAGUUGUCUUAUCAUGUGUUGGACUGGACAACCAGAAUAUAUGAUUGCGUACUGGUUGCUUGUACAUCACAUUUACUUGAGCAACUCCACAGUAACUAUGCAGUAACAGAGCAAGAAAACACUACAUCAUAACUGCAAUUGUUUGAAAACUGUGCAGAGCGUGAUAGGCUUGUCUGAUUUGUUGUUGAUCACAUUGAAUUGUCCGUUGUAUCUGUUUCGGUUUAAUAGCAGCUAAUGCAUCGAUACGAUGUGGUGGUUUUC